AGUCGAUUUAAUUCACAUUUUCAUGGUUAGUAGUAGAAAGAGAAGUAAGGCAGAAUAUAAAACGCAUUUAAGAUAAAAAUAAAAAAUCAAACAAUCUCAGGAAGCCUCUGCAUUAUCUCUAAGAACAAUCUUCAACAAGAUCAAUCAUGUCUACAGAAGCUCAAAGAGUGGUGGUAAUCCAGGAUGCAUCAAGGAAUGUUAGUGCAGGUGCAAUCGGAUGGGUCCUGCAAGGCUUAUCACUUAAGCAUGGAGAUGUGCUUACACUCCUCGGAGUUCUUCACCAGGUUAAUAACCCUAGUACGUUUUCUUUCAAAGGAGCUGGGAGAAUGUGUAAGGAUUUAUAUUUUCAUUUCUUUUAUGCUCUCGAUAGAAGAAUAUCAACAAGGUCAAGUACAAUAUAUUUAAAGAUUACAGAAGCUGAAACAUAUGCAUCUGUAGUGCAAUUGAAAGCUUCUCUCACUUCUUGGCACUGGCUUCUCUUCUUUUUCUUUUUCUUUUUCUUUUCUCUCUCUCUCCCUCCUUAUUCUCCACCUUUCUCAGUGGGAUACAAGAUCAACGUGGACUCCAGCUCAAUGUUUGGAGCAAACCCAAAAUUAGUUGCGGAGGCAGUUUCCAGAAAGAUAGAAGAGUAUCAGAACAACAAGGAAAUCAUGAAAAUCGCAAAGCAGUGUGAAACAGAACAGGUCAGACGAUAAACUAACAGCCACACUGAAUGCUAGUUCCUUCAAUUGAUUUUAUAAAUCUUUGAUUCAACAGAUUCUUGCCAUCUCUUACAUAAGUACCAAGUCAAAAUCACCAGAUAAGUAGAGUAAUGGCACUCAAUUCACUAGCCUGGGUAGAUGCAUGUCAUUCAAAUUGUAUACAAAGAUGAGAUCAAAACAACACCAAGGAAAAAAAAUUAUAAACAUGCAUAGUACCUUAACCACCACAUUUUAGAAAAUUUAAAACCAGUGCCAUUCAUAGAUUAUACUUCAGUAGCAUUUCUGUUUUAUCCAUCAUGUAAACUUUGCAUCCAAAUAAUAUAAUUCUAAUGAAAUUUUCAGUGGUCAAAUUAACAGAUGAUCACCUGAGUAAUCCACUAAUUCAUCAGCAUGCUCAAUGCUCAUUAGUUGAGCUAAAUCUGAUAUUUCAAUCUCUAUUGAAUAUAUGACUGAUGCAGCAUCUUUCUAUGCAUUACACUCCCCAGAUCGAGUUUCAAAUGGAGGUGCGUGCAGGACCUUCAAGGAAGAUUGCUAUAAGG